AUGGCUGCUUCAUUCAGAAAACUCGUUCAAAUUCUCUCUCUAACUCUACUCUUCACCGUCAUUUUCACUGUACAAUCAGUAGUAGCCGUAGAUCCGCCAGAAUAUUCCCCUUCUCCUUCUCCUGCUAGUCCGUCGAUCUCCCCUUCACUCCCGGAUUCUUCUCCUCCGGCACCUCCGCUGUCAGAUUCCUCCCCUGCACCAUCUCCGGCGGCAGAAAAUUCUUCUCCCGAGAAGUCUCCGCCUCCUUCAUUGGCGCCGGCUCCAGAGAUUGCGAGCAAUGUAAACCACGCGAACCAAGCCAAUUUCAGUAACUUAGAGACGGAGGAGUCCUCUGGCGGGAUGAAAAUGGGGCAGAAGGCCGGGGUUGCAAUCGGAGUAAUUGCUUUUGCAUGCGUUUUGGGCAUCGGAACUAUUGUGUACAAGAAACGCCAACAGAAUAUUCGCCGCUCGCAGUUUGGCUACGCCGCUAGAACCGGAUUUCUGUAG